AGGAGUAGGGCUGGUGGGGCUGCCGCAGCCGAUAAUGAGGAGUACCUGAUUAAUCUGAUAGACUCUCCAGGACACGUGGACUUUUCCUCAGAAGUGUCAACUGCUGUUCGCAUUUGUGAUGGACGCAUCAUUGUGGUAGAUGCUGUGGAAGGAGUCUGUCCACAGAUUAAUGUGCUCACAGGAACUCUUUUUACUUCUAAAGUCCUAGGAGAAAGAGCAGAGAGAGAGACUAAAUCCCAAGUGAAUCCAAAUUCUGAACAAGGAGAGCAAGUAUAUGACUGGAGCACUGGCUUGGAGGACACAGAUGAUUCUCACCUUUACUUCUCUCCAGAACAGGAAAAUGUGGUGUUUACCAGUGCAAUAGAUGGGUGGGGCUUUGGAAUUGAGCACUUCGCCAGAAUCUGUAGUCAAAAAAUUGGCAUGAAAAAGGAAGCUUUUAUAAAUCUGUAGGGAGAUUACUAUAUAAAUAUGAAGGCUAAAAAGAUCAUGAAGGGUGAUCAGGCCAAAGGAAAGAAACUUUUAUUUGUACAGUUGAUCCUGGAAAAUAUAUGGAGUUUGUAUGAUGCUGUCUUGAAAAAGGACAAAGACAAAAUUGAUAAAAUAGUGACUUCUUUAGGAUUAAAAAUUGAAGCCCAGGAGGCACGACAUUCAGAUCCUAAAGUUCAGAUCAACGCCAUUUGCAGUCAGUGGCUACCCAUAUCCCAUGCUGUUCUUGCUAUGGUGUGUCAGAAACUUCCUUGUCCCCUUGAUAUUACAGCCGAGAGAGUGGAGAGACUGAUGUGCACAGGAUCACAAACUUUUGACUCUCUUCCACCAGAAACUCAAGCACUCAAAGCAGCUUUUAUGAAAUGUGGAAGUGAGGACACUGCUCCAGUUAUUAUAUUUGUUUCCAAAAUGUUUGCGGUUGAUGCUAAGGCCUUGCCUCAGAAUAAGCCAAGGCCUCUCACUCAAGAAGAAAUUGCUCAGAGACGUGAACGUGCAAGACAAAGGCAUGCAGAGAAGCUUGCAGCAGCGCAGGGACAGGCACCCUUGGAGCCCACCCAAGAUGGGAGUGCUCUUGAAACAUGUCCAAAAGGAGAGGAGCCAAGAGGUGACAAGCAACAGGUGGAAAGUAUGACCCCUAAACCUGUGCUCCAGGAAGAAAACAACCAAGAGUCUUUUAUUGCAUUUGCUCGGGUGUUCAGUGGUGUGGCUCGAAGAGGGAAGAAAAUUUUUGUCUUGGGGCCCAAAUACAGUCUUCUUGAGUUUUUACGAAGGGAAUCCUAUUCAUCUUCUUCACCAAUAUGGUUUGUGGACUCUGAUGAGCCAAAUCUGACAUCAGUUUUGGAACGUCUAGAAGAUACUAAGGACAACAUUUCGCUUCAUCAGCAAUUGAAGUGGUUGAUAUGUGGACUCUGCAGAUUAUAUAACCUUCCUAAGCACCUGGAUGUUGAGAUGCCAGAUCAACCACUACCCAUGGGUCAGUUAAAAGAAUAUUGGCACAGGAAGAGCCCUGGCAUUCCAGUAGGAGCUAACAGGAAAGAGAAAAUCAAUGGCAGUAGCCCUGACACAGCCACUUCUGGUGGUUACCACUCACCUGGGGAUUGAGCAACAGGUAUCUACGGGGAGGGCCCUGCAUCAUCUGCUACCCUGAAGGAUCUGGAGAGCCAGUACCAAGAACUAGCAGUAACCCUGGACCCUAGCUCCGCAAUAAUCAGUCAACUCAGUGAAAACAUCAAUUCACUGGCUCACACAUUGAAGGAGGAGAAGCAUGAGAUACAUUGGGUACAGAAGCUUGGGAGGAGCUUGUUCAAACUCAAAAACCAGAAGGCUGAACCUCUGGCCCCAGAGCCCCCAGCAGGGCCCUCUGAGGUGGAACAGCUACAAGAUGAGACCAACCACCUAAGGAAGGAGCUGGAUAGUGUGGGAAGACAGCUCCAGGCUGAGGUGGAAAACAAUCAGAUGUUGAGUCUCCUGAACAGGAGACAGGAAGAGAGGCUACGUGAACAGGAGAGGCUGCCAGAGCAGGAAAGGCUGCUGGAACAGGAGAGGCUGCUGGACGAGGUGGAGGAGCUGCUGGAACAGGAGAGGCUUCAGGAGCAGGAUGAGAGGCUGUGGCAGCAGGAGACUCUGCGGAAGCUGGAAAGGCUGCGGGAGCUGGAGAGGAUGCUGGAGCUGGGGUGGGAAGCCCUCUAUGAGCAGCCGGCCAAGCCACACAGUGGCUUUGAGGAGCUGAACAAUGAGAACAAGAGCGCACUGCAGUUGGAGCAACAAGUAAAGGAGCUGAAGAAGCUGGAUGAGCUGAAAGAGACGGUGGCAUUUUUCAACUCUGCUGGAGCCAGUGCCCUGGAGGAGCAAAGGGUGUGCUACCAGCGCCUGGCUCACCCAGUGGCCUUGUCCCAGAAAAAGCCAGAGGCAGCGGCCCCAGCCCCAGAGACUGGGGGUGAAUCUGUGUGUGGGGAGACCCACCGGGCCCUGCAGGGGGGCCAUGGAGAAGCUGCAGCAACUUUAUGGAAGGAGAAGGUGGACCUGAAGGAGGGGGUGGAGAAACCAGAGCUUCCAUUCAUCCACCUCUCAGGACAGACAGACACCAUGAGAAAGUACAUCAGCCAGGGGGCAGUGCCAAAGACGCAGCACUGGGAGAGGAGGACAUCGUCAGGCUAGCCCAGGACCAGGAGGAGAUGAAGGUAGGGUGUGCAACAUCUC